CGAUCUGCACGCAAUUUCUUCAAAAGUUUACCGCUGUCUUGGAUCCGGUACACUUCAGCAUUUAGAUCUCAACGUCGGUUAUGUGUCAGUUUUAAAAAUGUUUUCGAAGGUGUCUCGAAUUUCCAAAAAAUACGUAGGGUGUAGAUUUGCUCAAACAGUACACCCUGGUGUUAUCGAUUGUGAGAGUUCAGAGUGGAAUAGUGCAUUACCCUACGAUAGUAUACCAGGACCAAAGGCUCUACCCUUAGUUGGAAACACAUGGAGAUUUUUACCCUUUAUAGGUGACUUCAAAAUCGAGCACAUCGACAAAGUAUGCAGACAACUGCAUCAGACAUAUGGCAAAAUAGUGAAGAUGGAGGGACUUCUUGGAAGGCCAGAUAUGUUGUUCCUUUUCGAUCCUGACUUGAUCGAACGUGUGUUUAGACAAGAAGACACCUUGCCCUAUAGACCUUCCAUGCCUUCGCUGACCUAUUAUAAGCACAAAUAUAAGAGAGAGAUUUUUGGAGAAAAUGGGGGUGUAAUUGCAGUACAUGGAGAAGAAUGGCAAAAAUUCAGGUCUAAAGUGAACCAGAUCAUGUUACAACCAUCGGUAGCGAACCAAUAUAUUGAUACAAUAAAUGAGGCUUCAGAUCAAUUCGUCGAAAGAAUCGAGUACUUGAAAGAUACUAGGGAGGAAGUUCCAGGAGAUUUCCUGAAUGAGAUACACAAAUGGUCCUUAGAAUCUCUGGCUAGGGUAGCUCUCGAUAUCAAGUUAAACUGUCUGGUGGAGAAUCCAAGACAGCAUACGCAAGAAUUAAUCGAUGCUGUGAACACCUUCUUCAUGGGGGUUCCAAUAUUGGAGUUGAAGAAUCCGAUGUGGAGGAUCCUACCCACUCCUACGUUCAGAAGUUACAUUAAUGCUCUGGAUACAAUUUACGAAUUAUGCAAUCAGCACAUAGAAGAAGCUAUGAAAAGGGCCUCAUUGCCUGGCGAAAAAUGUUCUGUGCUACAGCGGGUAUUGAAGAAUCACGAUUCGAAAAUAGCCAAGAAUUUAGCACUCGAUUUGUUCCUUGUAGGAAUAGACACAACCUCCAAUGCAGUAGCAUCAGUUUUAUAUCAGCUGGCGCAGCAUCCAGACAUCCAAGAAAAACUAUAUGAAACUCUCAGCAUGGAAGGAUUUCUCGAGGAAUCUACUAUAGAUCUAAAAUUUUUGAAGAAAGCUGGGUAUUUGAAAGCUUGUAUUAAAGAAACUAUGAGGAUGUUUCCGGUUGUUAUAGGAAAUGGAAGAUGUACCACUAGCAACUCUGUGGUAGGGGGUUACCAAGUACCGAAAGGGGUACAAGUGAUAUUUCAACACUAUGUGAUAAGUAAUCUAGACGAGUAUUUUCCUAGAAGUUCCGAAUUUUUGCCUGAACGAUGGCUGUCCAAGGAUCAGAAUAACACAAGACAUAACUUUGCUUCGUUGCCAUUCGGAUUUGGAAAACGGAUGUGUUUAGGAAGACGGUUUGCUGAUUUGGAAAUGCAGAUUGUCAUUGCGAAGGUCAUUAAAAACUACAAAGUCUCAUACAACUAUCCCUCCUUGGAUUACCACAUUCAUCCAAUGUUCACACCAAACGGACCUCUCAGAUUCAAAUUUGAAAGGAGAAUACCAAAGACUGAUUGAUGGAAUGCGAAAAUGAUUUUUAUUAUAUUUUUGUGUUGAUCUAUGUAAUAGAAUAAAUAUGUGUGUUGUUAUAA